AUGGCCGCCCCCUCCACAUCCCCUCAGGCCGCCUCGUCUCCUCAGGUGGCGGUGGGAGACGCUGCGAUGGAGGAGAGCGGGCAUGCAGGGCGCAACGGCCGCGGCCCUACCCUCCCGGCGGCCGCCCCGCGAGGCGAGGCGGGAGCGCGGGGAGCGGAGCAGCUCGCGCUGAGCGGAGGCAGCCCUGAGGAGCGGGAGGCCACGCUGAGGGAGGGAGGCAACCCUGAGGAGCGGGACGCCACGCUGAGGGAGGGAGGCAACCCUGAGGGGCCAGAGCCAGCAGCCGUGGCGGACCACGAGACGACCCCCUUUCUUGAUGCACAGCCGGCGGAAGAUAGGACUGAUACUGGCCUUCGUGUCUAUGAAAGGAUCCUGGUGUUCAUCUCAUUUUUUUUCACUGUUAUUACAUUUCCUAUAUCGAUCUGGAUGUGCAUAAAGAUUAUAAAGGAAUAUGAGCGAGCCAUCGUAUUCAGACUUGGACGCAUCAGAAAAGGGGGAGCAAAGGGACCAGGUUUGGUUUUUAUCCUGCCCUGCACAGACAGCUUCAUCAAAGUUGAUAUGAGGACCAUCUCUUUUGAUAUUCCUCCCCAAGAGAUCUUGACCAAGGACUCAGUGACAGUUAAUGUAGACGGAGUGGUUUAUUACCAAGUUCAGAAUGCCAUCGAUGCUGUAAAAAAUAUCUCAAACGCUGACUCAGCCACCCGUCUCUUAGCACAGACUACUUUGAGGAAUGUUCUGGGGACCAAAAACCUUUCUCAGAUUCUCUCUGAUCGUAAAGAAAUUGCACAUGGCAUGCAGGACAUGCUUGCUGACGCAACAAAACCUUGGGGCGUUAAGGUGGAACGUGUGGAGAUCAAGGAUGUGAAGUUACCUGUCCAGCUGCAGAGAGCAAUGGCUGCAGAAGCAGAAGCUACCCGGGAGGCGAGAGCUAAGGUAAUUGCAGCUGAGGGUGAAAUGAAUGCUUCCAGGGCCCUGAAAGAGGCAUCCAUAGUUUUUACGGAGUCCCCCGCUGCUCUUCAGCUUCGUUAUUUGCAGACCUUGACCACGAUUGCUGCAGAGAACUCCACCAUCGUCUUCCCAUUGCCCAUAAAUAUGCUGCAGGGCAUCAUGGGUGCAAAUCGCUAGACAGAGUCGGAGGAGAGAGUUUGGGGUGGGGUUUUUUGCUGCAGA